ACCUCAUAGAGGUAUAUCUACUCUCUCUCUCUCCCAUCUCUCUCUCUCUCUCUACACAACAGAUUCUCCUCUCGAAUCUUUACGAUGUCCGAUCGGCACUCUGGCUUCGGCCAACAUCGGAGAGCACCAAGACCCAUCACCGCCACCUACUCCACCAAUCAAGGUGGUGGAUUUCUCGGCAAGUUCCAUGAACAUUCUCCAAGUUCAACCCAACUCAUGGGAUUCUUGACCCUCAUAAUCUCCGGAGGCAUCUUACUCCUCCUCACCGGUCUGACCGUCACCACCAUUGUUCUGGGUCUGAUCUUCUUGGCUCCUUUGCUCAUCAUAUCGAGCCCCAUCUGGGUACCGGCGGCGGCGAUCCUCUUCGUUUCCGUCGCCGGGUUUUUGUCGAUGUGCGGCUUCGUUGUGGCUGUCACAGCCGCUCUCUCUUGGAUGUACAGGUACUCAAGGGGGCUGAACCCGCCCGGUUCGAACCGGGUUCAGUAUGCCAGAAGCCGGAUCGCCGAUACGGCGACUCACGUGAUAGACUAUGCCAGAGAGUAUGGUGGAUAUUUGCAUGGUAAGGUGAAGGACGCAGCUCCCGGUGCGUGAUUGCGAAGGACAGGAGAACCGGCCGGGUUAAGUGUGAACCGGUUUUUCUGUUGACAUGAUUUGAUGUUUUGUCAUUUCAUUUGUAGUUUUGUGGAUCUAAUUGAAAUGUGGUGUGGGUUGAGGCAGCUGUGAACCGGAAUGUGAUGAACCGGGUUUAUUGAACAUGUUUGAUAUUUUCCUUUGUGUCAUGAAUUCGUCAUGUUUGUAUGUACUGUGAGCACUGUGCUGACUGAUAUAUCUUAUAACUUUUAUUUAUUUA